UGAAUCGCGGCGGGCCGGGGCAGGUCGGUGCUGUGGGCCGGGCUCGGUGUGUGCGGGACGCUCUCCUAUUCCUCCUCCGACGGCACCCGCGCGGCGCCGCGCUCCACUUCGCGAUGGCUGGUGGCAAAGCCGGGAAGGACUCCGGGAAGACCAAGACCAAAGCGGUGUCCCGUUCACAGCGGGCCGGGCUGCAGUUCCCUGUAGGCCGCAUCCACAGGCAUCUGAAGUCUAGGACUACCAGCCAUGGGCGUGUGGGAGCCACAGCUGCUGUGUAUAGUGCUGCAAUCCUGGAGUACUUGACAGCUGAGGUUCUUGAGCUGGCAGGAAAUGCAUCCAAAGACUUGAAGGUGAAACGCAUCACUCCCCGUCACUUGCAGCUUGCGAUUAGAGGAGAUGAAGAGUUGGACUCUCUCAUUAAGGCAACCAUUGCUGGAGGUGGUGUAAUACCGCAUAUCCACAAAUCUCUCAUUGGGAAGAAAGGACAACAGAAAACUGUCUAAAGGCUACGAGGAUCCCUUGUUAUCUCAGGACUCUAAGUACUUAUUGUCCAGUGUUGGUGAUUCCAGUGGACUGUAUCUGUGAAACACGAUUUUGCCUUUUUGUAACUUUAAGAAGCUGAAGCUCACCUGAGCUUUCUAACAAACCAAAUUUCUGCAUUGAAGUCUUAACCGUAUUUAAGUGUUACCAUGGCUUCAAAGAAGCUAUUGUAUUUGCGGUGGGUUUUGAUUGAGCUGACUGUUUUUAGAUUGGUUUGACUAAGUAAAUGGAAUUUGACUAAGUAAAUGUUUGGUUUUGUACAGACUUUUCAUCCACUAGAGUGGAAAUAUUCAAUAAAUGUUAUAUGAAUACUGAC